AUGUCGAAAGAAACGUUUAUGUCUAUGAAUGAUCAGGCAAUUAAAAGUCAACCACCAGAAUAUUCACCAGAAAAAAUUAAACUCGAAUAUGAGGUUGAAUUUGAUGAUCCUGAUGCUAUUGUUAAAUCUGAAUCGUGUUCUAAGGAUGCGUGUUUGGAUAGUGUCAUGAAUUCCGAGAUGACGAUUGAAGAAGUCAAACAGGAGGCACCCACUUAUGAAUGUGACAUUUGUAAUCAAUCAUUUGUAGAAUCACAUCAUUUAAAAGAACAUAUGGUCAAUCACAUGCCUAGUCAUAGCAAAGAACUCCAUUUUAAUUGCAAAAUAUGCAAUAAGACAUUCACACAAUCAGGACAUCUGAAUAACCACAUGCUGAUACACAAUGGGGUACGCCCCCACGAAUGCAAUAUUUGCAAUAAAACAUUCACACAAUUGAGUAAUCUGAAAACUCACAUGGUCAUUCAUAGUGGAGUACGUUCCCAUGAAUGCAAUAUAUGCAAUAAGACAUUUGCACUAUUAGGUAAUCUAAAAACUCACAUGCUUAUUCAUAGUGGUGUUCGCCCCCAUGAAUGCACUGUAUGCAAUAAGACUUUCACAGAAUUAGGACAUCUGAAACGUCACAUGCUGAUACAUAAUGGGGUACGGCCCCAUGAAUGCAAUAUAUGCAAGAAAACCUUCUCACAAUUAAGUCAUCUGAAAACUCACAUGGUUAUUCACAAGGAUGAGCGUCCCUAUGAAUGCAAUAUGUGCAAUAAAACAUUCACACUAUUAGGUAGUCUGAAAGUUCACAUGCUUAUUCACAGUAGUGUUCGCCCCCAUGAAUGCAGUAUAUGCAAUAAGGCAUUUGCGGAAUCUGGUAGUCUGAAACGUCAUAUGCUGAUGCACAAUGAGCGAAGUAGCCUGAAAACACACAUGAUAAUUCACAACAGAGAGCAUCCUUAUAAAUGUGAAAUAUGCAAUAAUGAAUUUACUCAAUCAAACGAUUUGAAGAAACACAUGGUACUUCAUAGCCAGAAGCAUGAUGAAAAUCAAUGA